AUGGCAGACGAUGAACAGGACCUAAAAGAGUAUCGAUGGGAAACAGGUUAUGAGAAAACUUGGGAAGCAAUUAAGGAAGAUGAAGAUGGUUUGGUUGAAGGACUUGUUGCAGAAUUUGCUCAGAAGGCAGCACGCAAAGCCCUUACCCCCAGGCGAGGGCCUGUUAGACUUGGGAUGAUGCGGCAUCUUCUGGUGGCAAUUGAUUGCUCUGAGGCUAUGUCUUCCCAAGACCUAAAACCAACAAGAUUUCUCUGCACAUUAAAGUUACUAGAGAAAUUUAUUGAAGAAUUCUUUGAUCAAAACCCUCUUAGCCAAUUGGGCUUAAUAACAAUGAAGAAUAAAAGAGCUGAAAAAAUAACUGAAUUGUCAGGAAAUAUAAGGAAACAUAUUAAAGUAGUACAAGGCUUAUUAAAUUUAGCAUUAACUGGAGAACCCUCAUUGCAAAAUACACUAGAAAUGGCUCAUCGCGUCUUAAAACCUCUCCCAGGACAUGCAUCAAGAGAAUUAUUAGUUUUGUUUGCUUCAUUAACUACUUGUGAUCCUGGUGAUGUGAACACAACUAUUCAGAAUCUAAAAAAUGAAGGAAUUAGAUGCUCUGUAAUUGGUCUAGCAGCUGAAGUGAGGAUAUGUAAAAAAUUGUGUCAGGACACAGGAGGUGAUUAUGGGGUGGUAUUAGAUGACGUACAUUACCGCUCUUUAUUACUAGAACACACUUCGCCACCGCCUAGAGCACGUGCGCUUGAUGCCGGACUUGUGAAAAUGGGUUUUCCUCAUACUGCACCACCAUCCACACAGUCCGAUACAGAGCCACCUAUAACAAUAUGCAUGUGCCAUAUAGAUGAAGGUGAGGGUGUUGGUGGAGAAGGCCAUUUAUGUCCACAGUGUCGCAGCAAGUACUGUUCUCUGCCAGCUCAAUGUCGAACAUGCGGUCUUACUUUAGCAUCAGCACCACAUCUUGCCAGAUCUUAUCACCAUUUAUUUCCUGUGGAUCCAUUUGAAGAGUUAAAAAAUGAUGGGCAAAGUCAAUUUUGUUUUGCCUGCGUAAGAUCAUUUACGGAUGUUGAUAAACAGAUUUAUCGUUGCAAUCGUUGUGUGGAAUAUUAUUGUUGGGAAUGCGAGAGCAUGAUAUCUUCAACACUACAUGUAUGUCCUGGGUGUGCUUCACGACCACAUCUUUACCAAAGACUACCCGAUACUUCGUAA